GAUAUGAAUGAGCACAGUUCGAGGAGUCACAGUGUGUUUCUAAUCCAAGUGAAACAGGAAAAUCCAACAACACAGAAGAAGCUCGCCGGAAAGUUGUAUCUUGUCGAUCUUGCCGGAAGUGAAAAGGUAAGUAAGACGGGCGCCGAAGGUAUGGUACUGGAAGAAGCGAAAAACAUCAACAAAUCUUUGUCAGCACUUGGCAACGUAAUCGCCGCAUUAGCCGAAGGAGCGAAAGGGCAUGUGCCCUAUCGUGACAGCAAGCUGACUCGCAUUUUACAAGAAUCGCUAGGAGGCAACUCACGCACAACAAUUGUUAUAUGCUGUUCGCCAGCAUCGGUAAACGAGGCAGAAACGAAAAGCACGUUGAUGUUUGGGCAGCGGGCGAAGACAAUCAAGAAUGUUGUGGUUGUGAACGAAGAGCUCACUGCCGAGGAAUGGAAACGACGUUACGAGCGCGAGAAAGAUCGGGUGGCCAAGUUGAAACAGCAGUUGCUGGCGGCGGAGGCCGAAUUGACGCGAUGGCGGAAAGGAGACAAGGUGCCGGAAGCAGAAUGGAUCAACUUUUUGGAGGGAGUUGUGGCCAAUCUACAGCUCCCGCCCGGCGCCGAAUCGCUUUCUCCGUCAGUCUGCGAUUCGGUGCUGGGAUCCCUGGAUCGGUCCGUAUCAGUUGCAUCGGUGCCACUGCUUACGUCGGCCAUUGGCGCAAUCACCGAUGCAGAUCGUAAGAAGUACGAAGAAGAACGUGCGGCACUGUACCAACAGCUGGAUGAGAAAGAUGAUGAAAUUACGCUACACUCCCAACUGGCUGAGCGUCUCAAGCAACAGAUGAACGAGCAGGUUGCUUUUUUUUAA